CCGGCAGAUGGAGGCGAAAAAAAAUGAAGUGACGUGCUGAUGAGGUCAAAAGUUCAGUCUUUAAUCUAAUACCUGCAACUGGUAUUUACAAUGAAGAUCCAAAAAAGAAAGUAAAAAUUAAACAAACAAAUAACAUAAACUGUUCACGGUUAUCUGCUAACAUCAUUUAGCUAUACCAAAAAAUUGGCCCAAAAUCAGAGCAAUAACCUCCAACCACUCACUCUAAGAGCCUAUCCCCCCUUUACCACACUUAGGCGCCUUCUUAAAAAGGCUAAACCCCUCCUACUUGGAUUAAUCCAUUUGUUAAUUAAAGAUAAUAAAGAAAUCUAAAGACAAAAUCAAAAUAUAUUUAACAGUAACAAAGAGAUACACAAUUAGAAUAAUAUAAAAAUUGACAACAAAACAACUAUUAAUUAUUAAUGUCGAACAAAAUUUAACAAAGAAUCACACAGAAGUCCAAUCUCCCCCUCACACAUGACAACAAUUAACUGUGCCUACUGUCGGCGGGAAAAAGGCAUUCAAAAUGGUGGCAAUUACGGUGACCGGGUUUUGUCCGUUUGGUGAGGUAAAAUGUUCCUGUACGCAGGUUGUGAUGGCGAGAGCAUUGGAAACUGUCCGUUCUCUCAAAGACUCUUUAUGAUUCUGUGGCUGAAGGGUGUUGUGUUCAACGUCACCACCGUCGACCUGAAGAGGAAACCAGCAGAUCUUCAUAAUCUGGCCCCGGGAACCCCUCCUCCAUUCCUCACGUUCAACGGAGAGGUACGGACAGAUGUCAACAAAAUCGAAGAAUUCUUAGAAGAGAUGCUAGCGCCUCCAAAGUAUCCAAAGCUGGCUGCAAAGAACAAGGAGUCAAAUGCAGCAGGAAAUGACAUCUUCGCAAAGUUCUCGGCCUACAUCAAGAAUACCAAGCCAGAAGCCAACACAAGUCUGGAGAACGGGCUUCUGAAAACUCUGAAGAAACUGGACGACUUUCUGAACUCUGCUCUACCGGAUGAGAUGGAUUCUGAUGACGCAGGAGAAGAGACGCACUCCAGACGCAAGUACCUGGACGGCAACGAACUGACCCUCGCCGACUGCAACCUUCUCCCCAAACUACACAUAGUCAAGGUGGUUUCGAAGAAGUAUCGCAACUUUGAGAUCUCAGCAGACUUCAGUGGAGUUUGGAGAUAUCUUCAGAACGCUUACGCUCGAGAUGAGUUCACUAACACAUGUCCGGCGGAUCCAGAGGUUGAACUGGCCUAUCAGGACGUAGCCAAGAGACUCGGCAAGUGAACACAACACUCGUGAAUAAUCUCUUACUGAAAGAUGUCCCACCGUGUCUUCAGGUAGAUUUUCAAAGUCCCUUAAGGGACGCCAUAAUGACUCAGUCCUGUGACGCUCUCCUUCACUUCUCUAAUGCUUUUGUGUUGUUUUGAAGAAACCUUGUGCCACUCGUUCUUUACAGAUUUUCAGGAUCUCUGAACUCUAUAAUCUUCUAAUAUUGUCAAUCGGUUGGAUGUAGCUGAGCUGUUUCUCUAUUCAGUUGUUUUGUGUACAAAACAUUCAUUUGUGCUUUAAUCCCUGUAUUUAAUUUUUCUUAUAAAAGUCAAGUUACAAGUUCACCUUACAGUACUUGUCUCCAAAGGAGAAUUCUGUCAUCGUUUAUUCAUCCUCGUGUCAUGUUAAACCUGUAUAAGUUUCUUUCUUCUGCGGAAUACAAAAGAAGAUAUUUUGAAGAACGUUAAUAAUCAAACAACACUGAACCCCAUUGACUUACAUUGUAUAAACAGAAAACCACUGAGAACUUUCUCAAAAUACCUUCUUUUUUGUUCCACUGAAGAAAGACAGAUACAAAACCACAUGAUGACGGAAUCAGUUUCUUUUAGGUGAACUGUCCCUUUAAAUGGUGUUGAACCCUCACAGACUGUGCAUAAAUCUUCUCGUGACUGUUUAUCGAAACUAAACAACAUAAAGGCCUGUUGUAAUACUGAAUAAAAUAUAUUUUUUCACGAA